GGCAUCUGGUGUGACAGUUAAUGAUGAGGUCAUCAAAGUGUUCAAUGAUAUGAAGGUGAGAAAAUCACAAACAGCAGAGGAAGUAAAGAAGAGGAAGAAGGCUGUCCUGUUCUGCCUGAGCCCUGACAAGAAGGAGAUCAUUGUGGAGACAGAGAAGCAAAUAUUAGUGGGAGAUAUUGGCUGCACAGUCGAGGAUCCAUACAGGACCUUUGUUAAUCUUCUACCACUUGAUGACUGCCGUUAUGGACUGUAUGAUGCUACUUAUGAGACCAAGGAAUCCAAGAAAGAGGACCUUGUCUUCAUCUUCUGGGCUCCUGACAACGCACCGCUGAAAAGCAAAAUGAUCUAUGCCAGUUCCAAAGAUGCCAUUAAGAAGAAGUUCACAGGCAUCAAACACGAGUGGCAAGUGAAUGGCAUGGAUGAUAUCAAAGACCGAAGCACCCUGGCAGAUAAACUAGGAGGCAAUGUGGUUAUUUCACUUGAAGGUGUUCCAUUAAAAUGA